AUGGAGGGUUUCAAUCUAUCUUCAUUGAUUCUUCUCUUCUUUCUUUUCCCUUUGUUUCAAACAUCCACCAUUGCCACCCAAAAGUCUUACAUUGUUUACUUAGGAUCACAUUCGCACGGCUCGAAUCCGUCUUCGGUUGAUCUCCGAAUCGCAACGGAAUCUCAUUACAGUUUGCUUGGGUCAUUGUUAGGAAGCAAUGAGAUAGCCAAGGAAGCAAUUUUCUACUCUUACCAUAGACAUAUCAAUGGCUUUGCUGCUGUUCUUGACCACAAAGUUGCACAAGAUCUAACAAGACAUCCCGCUGUGGUAUCGGUUCAUGAGAACAAGAUGAGAAAGCUGCACACAACAAGUUCAUGGGAAUUUCUUGAUCUAGAGAAUGGCGAAGGAACUCCACCAAAUUCCAUUUGGAAUGGUGCAAAUUUUGGUGAAUCUACUAUCAUUGCCAACCUUGACACAGGCGUUUGGCCAGAAUCAAAGAGUUUCAAUGACGAAGGAUAUGGAGCUAUUCCCUCGAGGUGGAGGGGAAGUUGUGAGGGUGGCUCUAAUUUUCAUUGCAACAGGAAGUUAAUUGGAGCACGGUACUUCAAUAAAGGUUACACCGCCCUUGCGGGAUCCCUUGAUGACAGCUUUGACACAGCAAGGGACCAUGAUGGGCAUGGAACACACACUUUAUCCACGGCAGGAGGCAAUUUUGUUUCGGGAGCUAACGUUUUUGGAAAUGGUAAUGGCACUGCAAAAGGGGGUUCACCUAAAGCCUUUGUUGCUGCCUAUAAAGUAUGCUGGCCUACAUUUCAUGGUGGUCAGUGUUCGGAUGCAGACAUCCUAGCUGCCAUAGAAGCUGCUAUUACUGAUGGUGUUGACGUUCUUUCACUUUCACUUGGUCGAGGUUCCACGGAGUUUUUCGACGAUGUAACGGCGAUUGGAUCCUUCCAUGCAGUUCAACAAGGGAUCGUUGUCGUUUGCUCGGGUGGAAACUCAGGACCCGAUCCACAGAGCGUAGAAAAUGUGGCGCCUUGGCUUUUCACUGUGGCUGCUAGCACAAUCACCAGACAAUUUACUAGUUAUGUGGCCCUUGGAAACAAGAAGCAUAUCACGGGAGCAAGUAUUUCAGACAAAAUAUUGCCAGCUCAGCAAUUCUAUCCAUUGAUCACUUCCGUAGAUGCGAAAGCUAUCAAUAUCUCUGUUGAAACUGCUAAACUGUGUGUGGAGGGGUCUCUUGAUCCGAGAAAGGUGAAAGGGAAGAUUAUAGUUUGCGUUAAAGGAGGGGAUAGUGCAAGAGUGGACAAGGGUUACGUGGCUGCUCAAGCAGGUGCUGUUGGGAUGAUUCUAGCCAACAGCGAGGAAGAUGGGAAUGAACUUAUAGCCGAUGCACACCUACUUCCUGUCUCCCACAUAAGCUAUAUCGAUGGCGAAAUAGUCUAUGAAUACAUCAACUCCACCAAAACUCCGGUGGCUUACAUGACCCAAGUAAGGACAGAGACGGGAAUCAAACCGGCACCCGUUAUGGCUUCAUUCUCAUCUAGAGGUCCCAAUUCAAUCGAGGAGUCAAUACUCAAGCCUGAUAUAACAGCACCUGGCGUCAAUAUAAUUGCAGCCUAUUCAGAAGAUGCAUCACCAAGUGGUUCACCAUUUGAUAACCGUCGAAUUCCAUUUAAUGUAGUAUCUGGCACUUCCAUGUCAUGUCCCCAUAUUUCUGGUAUUGUUGCCCUUCUCAAGACCAUUUAUCCAAAAUGGAGUCCUGCAGCUAUCAAAUCUGCAAUCAUGACCACAGCUGAAACUAGAGCCAAUGACUUACAUCCAAUACUAGAUUCCACCAAGCUUGUAGCCAACCCAUUGGCGUACGGUGCGGGACAUGUCCAUCCCAACCGAGCAGCAAAUCCUGGGCUUGUAUACGACCUUACCACCAAUGACUAUCUAAAUUUCUUAUGUGCUCGUGGCUACAACAAAACACAACUUAGUAAAUUCUCCAAUACGUCAUUCGUUUGUUCAAAGUCAUUCAAACUAACAGAUUUUAACUACCCAUCAAUCUCGAUACCCAAAAUGAAAUCAGAACCUGUGACAAUCAAAAGAACAGUUAAGAAUGUGGGAAGCCCAAGCACGUACGUAGCUCGGGUGAAGGUACCUCCAGGAGUUUUAGUUUCAGUUGAGCCAAGUACGUUGAAGUUUACUCGAACCGAUGAAGAGAAGACUUUCAAAGUUGUAUUCCGAAGUGUGACAAACACCAAGCAUCGAGGCUAUGUAUUUGGGUCUUUGAAAUGGUUAGAUGGUAAGCAUCAUGUAAGAAGCUCAAUUGUAGUGAAUUUGGGAUGAUUUAGGAGAA